AUGCCGCAAAUUCCAUUAAAUGAAAAUUUACCAAAAAUGUAUAAACAUUCCAAGAGGAAAUCAGGAUACGUUAUGGGUCCAAAAAUUUACACAUUUGAAUCAAAUGAAAGUUCAGGUGCAGAUAUACAAAUCAUCGGAAGAAGAAAUAAACAGUGUCAAGCGAAAAUUAUGGGUACUGCGGAACAAAUUAAAAUGGUCGUUAAAUUAUUACAAGACACCUUGGGUCGCACCAAUUAUUUUUCACCCUCCAUCGGAUUCACUUCAUUGGACGUCUCGGAUGAGUACGAGUCGCGUUACAUUGGUAGUGAUAUUAAAAUCAUCUCAUUUUAUAAGGCUUCCAAUGAUAAUCACGAAACCAGCCCCUUUGAUAAAUAUAUUUUUGCGAUUAACGCUUUACCAACUUGGAUUCAAAUGUUGAAACCUUGUUUAAAACAAAUUUCAAAUUUUUGUGAAGCUCUUAUUUAUGAAAAAAAAAUUUCGACGGAUGAGGAAUUUCGAUUAAAAGUUUGCUUUGGAGUCACUACGUCAUUCAGUCAUGAUGUUGGAUCUCCUGAGAGAGAUUAUAUAAUUGGAAGGUUAAUUCAAGAUUUUGGAUUUCGUCAAGUUAAUCUUGUUGAGGAAACUUUUGUAAGUGAAAACUACUUGGAAGAUAAGAAGGCUGACGAAAAAUAUUUGUCGGCACGCAAUAAUCGACAUCGUUUCGGGAAAGGAUCCCCUAAUUUACGCUUAUUGAUAAAGUCUCAAAAACCAUCAAGAUUUCCCAUUAGCAAGAAGUAUCAUAGAAUAAUCGAUAACAUUCAAAGAUCCAACAGAUUCCUCGGCAAAGUGAUUUUGCCUCAAAUGGAAAGUUCAAAUGUACGAGUGUUAGACAAUCAAUCAUCAAAAUCAAUUUAUGUAAAAGUGGAAGCUAUACGCCUUAAUUUCAUGUCUACUUUACAAGAUGAAGGAGAUAGAGUCACUUCGGAAGAUACAGUCAAUUUGAUCCAUCAUUAUCGGAACAUAAGGUUUCAAUUCUUAGAAAUAGUUUAA